UCGCAUCUAAUGAGCGUCCCAUAGAAACAUUUCCGUUACAUCUCCUGUUUUGUGUUUUCUUUCCAUUGAUGUACUUUUACUAAAUAGCAACACAAAAAGAAAGGGGGUCCAAUGCCUUCCAAUGCCAAAGUGUUUCUCCACUAUGGGCCGUACGAAGCUGCUGCCACAGUGGAGUACCGACAGUCCAGGCUACAGGGGAUGAAAACGAUCCUUAGUCGAGCUGGACAUAUUGUGGAACUGAGACCUUUCAAAGACUGGAAUAGAGUGGAGAUCUGGGUCAAUGGAGAAAAGAUUUUCAGCUGCGACAUUCGAGAUCUGGAUUACGGCGGUGAUGGAGACCUUGACCCCUUAUGUCAAGAAGCCUGCGAGGCUGUGAGACGUGCUUACUGAUCCACUCCGGGUUUGAGAAUGAAAGAAAGGAACAGAAUUCAUCAUCACCAUCAACGUCACAGUUUGUUCUGCCCACGGUCCAGACCUCCCACAGAUGCCCAUGCUGCAUUCCUACAGCAUUGCUCAUGGCACUAACAUUUUUCACCUCAUGUCAUGAAUUGUUAUUUGGUCUUGUUUUGAAUUAUUUUUUCUUCCAAUCUAUACAAUGUUUGCUGGAUGUUAUGCAACAAAUUUGUUCGCAGCUGCUUAAGGUAAACUGUGAACCCAUGUCAAUGUAAUGGGUAUGGGUGGGGUAUUUAUCUUAGACAUCUUAUUUCCUUGUGCCUGAAUGAUGUAUUAUGUCUCCUGUGCAGUCAUUGUGAAGAGGAAAAAGAAAUUGCUGUCUACGCUGACAACAGAAAUCUUAAAACAUUAAAUGCUGAACUUGUUUCAGAG